AUGAACGGUAGCCUUGUUGAAGGCACGACCACCAGGGUCCCAGAUACCUUCAAGGACUCGUUUGACAACAAGACAAGCUUUACGCUUGACUCCAGGGCAAGAACGUACUCGAGGCAGUUCUUCUCGAUGUACCAGCACAGACUCAGUGUGUUGAAGCCUAGAGUUGAUGAGCUAGCGAUGAACAAGUGGGGGAAUAAUACGCGUCGUGUGAACGGACAGACAGUGCAGUGGAAAGAGAGGAUCUUGGAUAUUACGGGCGGAGAGUUGUGCUGGGUUCUGGGCACUGUGUUCACUGAGAUGAAGAAUAAGCUUGAUAUUUUCCAGGAUGUGGAGCAUGGGACUGAUGAUAUCUUGCCAAAGACGCCAGUUAACUAUAUUGGCACCGAGGCGAGCGUGAUGAUGUUGGAAGAUGAGAGUGGACGUGCUAUUUUGCAUAACGAGUCGCUUUUGGCUAAUUCGAGGAUAGUCAGUGGAGCGAUAGUGGCUGUUUUGGGUAUUGAGAUCCAGGCUGGUAUUUUUGAAGCCAUGGAGAUUAUUUAUCCAUCGCCAGCACCUCAGAAACCGCUUCCUAUGGCUACAGAUGAGGAGCAGUAUGUGGCACUUGUUUCUGGGCUUAAGUUCCAGAAAGAGACCGAUUGCGAUUUGAAGAGUGUUCUUUUACAACAAUGGCUUUGUGGAGAGCUUGGAGGCGCUGAAGAUGUGGAUUUGGCUUCGAAAGUUACCCGUUUGGUUCUUGCCGGUAACUCUGUGGAAGAGAUUGAAGAGGAUACUGAUAGAAAAGAGGACUUUGGGUCAAAGAACACUUCCCACUUUAAAGCCGAGUCUUUGCGUCUUUUGAACGCUUGGCUUCUGAAUGUUAUGGCCUCAAUUCCCGUUACUGUCAUGGCUGGACCUAAAGAUCCAGCAGAAAUUUGCAUUCCUCAACAACCACUUCAUCCUUCAUUACUUGGUGCUAAUGCUCAUUACGUUGGUAUCCAGGCCAGCGAUGCUGUUCAAAACGUCAGCAAUCCAGCUUGGAUGGAAUUGGAGAACGGACUUCGAGUUCUUGGCUCAGCUGGUCAAAACAUCACUGAUAUUAAUAAGUACUACCCUCCAGACCUGGACGUCUCGCCUACAGAAAUCUUAGCCAAGACACUUCUUUGGCAGCAUAUUGCACCUACUGCCCCAGAUACGCUUUACUGUUACCCUUACGAAGACGCAGACCCAUUUGCAUUAGAGGAGACACCACACUUGUAUUUUGCAGGUAACCAAAGUGAGUUUGGCAGCAAGAAAGUCGAAUUGUCUGGUGUAGAAGCUACGGUUGUGAGUAUUCCCGAGUUUGCCGAGACGGGACAGUUGGUGCUUGUGAAUACCAGUACUCUAGAGACGAAGGUGAUUGAGUUUGGACUGGAAUAG